UAGCCCCUCUGGACAUGCCCCUCCUGGAAGAUACCAUAGGGGUGGAGGACCUCAUCCUCCUGGAACCCCUGGCAGAGGAGUCUCUGCUCAAGAACCUCCAGCUUCGCUAUGAAAAUAAAGAGAUUUACACCUACAUUGGGAAUGUGGUGAUCUCAGUGAAUCCCUACCAACAAUUGCCCAUCUAUGGCCCAGAGUUCAUUGCCAAAUACCGAGACUAUACCUUCUAUGAGCUGAAGCCACACAUCUAUGCACUGGCCAAUGUGGCAUACCAGUCACUGAGGGAUCGGGACCGAGACCAGUGUAUCCUCAUUACAGGCGAGAGUGGAUCUGGCAAGACUGAGGCUAGUAAGCUGGUGAUGUCUUAUGUGGCAGCUGUCUGUGGGAAAGGGGAGCAGGUGAAUUCUGUGAAGGAGCAACUACUUCAAUCAAACCCAGUGCUGGAGGCUUUUGGCAAUGCUAAGACUAUACGCAACAACAACUCCUCUCGAUUUGGAAAAUACAUGGAUAUCGAGUUUGACUUUAAGGGAUCUCCCCUCGGUGGCGUCAUCACAAACUAUCUGCUUGAGAAAUCUCGAGUGGUGAAGCAACUUAAAGGAGAAAGAAACUUCCACAUCUUCUAUCAGUUGCUGGCUGGAGCAGAUGCACAACUGCUAAAAGCCCUGAAGCUUGAGCGGGAAACAAGCCACUAUGCCUAUCUGAACCGAGAGAUAUCCAGAGUGGAUGGCAUGGAUGAUGUCUCUAACUUCAGGGAUGUACAGAAUGCCAUGACUGUGAUUGGAUUCUCAGAAGAGGAGAUUCGGCAGGUGCUAGAGGUGACAGCCAUGGUGCUGAAGUUGGGGAAUGUGGAGCUCGCUGAUGAGUUCCAGGCCAAUGGGACACAAGCAAGUGGCAUCCGUGAUGGGCGAGGUAUUCAGGAGAUUGGGGAGAUGAUGAGCUUAAAUUCAAAGGAACUAGAGAGAGCUUUGUGCUCAAGGACCAUGGAAACGGCCAAAGAAAAAGUGGUCACUGCAUUGAAUAUCAUUCAGGCUCAGUAUGCUCGGGAUGCUCUGGCCAAGAACAUCUACAACCGCCUCUUCAAUUGGAUAGUGUACCGAAUCAAUGAGAGUAUCAAGGUGGGCACCGGGGAGAAGAAGAAGGUAAUGGGGGUCCUGGAUAUCUAUGGCUUUGAAAUAUUACAGGAUAACAGCUUUGAGCAAUUUGUGAUCAACUACUGCAAUGAAAAGCUACAACAGGUGUUCAUAGAAAUCACCCUGAAAGAGGAGCAGGAGGAAUAUAAGAGAGAGGGUAUACCAUGGACAAAGGUGGACUACUUUGAUAAUGGCAUCAUCUGCAACCUCAUUGAACAUAAUCAGCGAGGCAUCCUGGCCAUGCUGGAUGAGGAGUGCCUACGGCCUGGGGUGGUUAGUGACUCUACCUUCCUAGCGAAGCUGAAUCAGCUCUUCUCCAAGCAUGGUCACUAUGAGAGUAAAGUCACCCAGAAUGCCCAGCGCCAGUACGACCACACCAUGGGCCUCAGCUGCUUCCGAAUCUGCCACUAUGCGGGCAAGGUGACAUACAAUGUGAGCAGCUUCAUUGACAAAAAUAACGACUUACUCUUCCGGGACUUGUCCCAGGCCAUGUGGAAAGCCAAGCAUCCCCUCCUUAAGUCCUUAUUCCCUGAGGGUGAUCCCAAGCAGUCAUCUCUGAAACGUCCCCCAACUGCUGGGGCCCAAUUCAAGAAUUCUGUGGCCAUACUCAUGAAGAACCUGUAUUCCAAAAACCCCAACUAUAUCAGGUGCAUUAAGCCCAAUGAGCAUCAGCAGCGUGGUCAGUUCUCCUCAGAGCUGGUGGCCACCCAGGCACGGUACCUGGGGCUGCUAGAGAAUGUACGGGUACGACGGGCAGGCUAUGCCCACCGCCAGGUUUAUUGGCCCUUCCUGGAAAGGUACCGGAUGCUGACCCGGAGCACCUGGCCUAGCUGGAACGGGGAAGACCGGGAAGGGGUUAAGAAGAUCUUGGAGGAGCUGAAUGUGGCCUCAGAGGAGCUGGCCUUUGGAAAGACAAAAAUCUUCAUUAGGAGCCCCAAGACUCUUUUCCACUUGGAAGAACAACGACGCCUCAGAAUCCAGCAGUUAGCCACGCUCAUUCAGAAGACAUACCGAGGCUGGCGCUGCCGUACCCACUACCAGCAAAUGCGCAAGAGUCAGAUCCUCAUCUCUGCCUGGUUUCGGGGAAACAUGCAAAAGCAGCGCUAUGGGAAGAUGAGAGCAUCAGCACUGUUGAUCCAGGCCUUUGUGAGAGGGUGGAAGGCACGCAAGAAUUAUAGAAAAUACUUCCGGUCAGGGGCAGCCCUCAUGUUGGCCAAUUUCAUCUACAAGAGCUUGGCACAGAAAUUCCUACUGGGGCUGAAGAAUAAUCUGCCGUCCACCAAAGUCCUGGACAACAAGUGGCCAACUGCUCCUUACAAAGUUUUCAAUGUAGCUAAUCAGGAGCUGCGGCAGCUCUUCUAUCAGUGGAAGUGCAAGAAAUUCCUGGAUAAGCUGUCCCCAGUGCAGGUAGAGGCCCUGAAGGAGAAGCUCUGUGCCAGUGAGCUGUUCAAAGACAAGAAGGCAUCCUACCCCCAGAGUGUCCCCGUUCCAUUCCGCGGUGACUACAUUGGGCUACAAGGGAACCCCAAACUACAGAAGCUGAAGGGUGGGGAAGAAGGACCUAUUCUGAUGGCAGAGUCUGUGAGAAAAGUCAACCGUGGCAAUGGCAAGACCUCCUCUCGGAUUCUUCUCCUGACCAGGAGACAUGUGAUUCUCACAGACACCAAGAAGUCCCAGACCAAGACUGUCAUUGGGCUGGACAAUGUGGCUGGGGUAUCAGUCACCAGCCUCAGGGAUGGACUGUUUAGCUUGCAUAUGAGUGAGCUAUCAUCAGUGGGUUCUAAGGGAGACUUCCUGCUGAUCAGUGACCAUGUGAUUGAACUGCUGACCAAGAUGUACCAGACUGUGCUGGCUACCCUGCAGAAGCAGCUGCCAGUCACCAUGACUGAGAAGUUCUCAGUGAGGUUCAAGCAGAGCAGUGUGGCUGUUAAAGUCACCCAGGGCCCUGCAGGUGGUGGGAAUGGCAAGAUAAGCUGCAAGAAGAAGGGGAGUCAUAACCUGGAGGUGACUGUGCAGUGA